UUGCGUUAUUUCAACGUCAACUAUUCAAAAGGCGAAAUCGAUAACGGUAAUUUGUAGAAUGUUUGGCGGACUGUUUCUAUUCUACUGCUCGUGAAUUACCCGAUCUUCCAACCAGUGGUUACAAACGCAAAACUUACACCCCUCCGUAGAAGCAUCCUCGCCCUUUCGGAAGCGAUUAAAUGCCAGACUCAGCAAACUGAAACGAAAGCAAGCGAUUGUUGCACCAGAGAAAAGAACGAAACGCACAGCAAUCGCGUUUGAAUCGUGAUCAAACAAAUCGGAAAACAUCGAGUGACGACCAUAGAAAGGUCACGCAUAAGCGUACAGUGCUAGGCCGCCCGCAGUCACAGCAGCUUUCGCAGAGUGUGUCGCCAUUGGGAAAUAGAAAACGGUGUGCGCGUUCCAUGUUCAGAAGAGGUCGGUGUACGGCAGGGAAGCGUAGUGGAGUGUGUUAAAGCAACAACUCUCCAGACUUGCAUCCAGCAGCUGUGUAUCUGUUGUAAAGGAAAAGCAAGCCGUUGCUAACGAAGCAGAACGUCUGUAUCAGCGUAAUUAUCGCGCGUUUGGUAUACCCGGAAGAAAGGAAACAAGACAUCGCGGCAAGCAGCGCUGAGGAGCGGCUGCAUCGUCUAUUCACCAUCCGUUUCGUGCGCUAGUGUGUGCGGGCUGGGCUAGGCUAGCUGAAGAAGAAAAACUCAAAAAGGAGGGAAACGCGUCGCCGAAAGUGUGUUUUGUUUGGAGAUCAACAAAAAACAGGAAGAAUGGCCCAAAACAUCAAUCCGGAGCGUGCACAGUCAUCGAACCCAUCGAAACAGAAUGAUGAAGCGCUGAUAAACAACAAUAACCAGGCCGUUAGCAAAAGACUCCAAAAAGAACUAAUGGCGCUGAUGUUGUCAUCGGAAAAAUCCAUCUCUGCCUUCCCGGAGGGUGAAAACUUCUUCAAAUGGAUCGGUACAAUCAGCGGUCCAGACGAUACCGUGUACAAGGGUCAGAAGUACAAGUUGCUGCUAGAAUUCCCCAACUCGUACCCGUACUCGGCACCGAACGUUAAGUUCAUCACGCCCUGCUUUCACCCUAACGUCGACCUCAGCGGUUCGAUCUGCCUUGACAUCCUGAAGGACAAGUGGUCCGCACUGUACGAUGUACGGACAAUCCUGCUCUCGAUUCAGUCCCUGCUCGGGGAGCCGAACAACGACAGCCCGCUCAACUCGCAGGCAUCCCAGCUGUGGCCGAAUCAGGCCGAGUACAAAAAAUAUUUGGAUGAUUUCUACGAGAAGAACAAGGAUUCCUAAGGUGUGCGGUUGAAGCUUUACCCUCCCGAUGCGUUCAAAUCCCCUACUGGAUCCUUCAACCAACCACCAACAAUUCCCUAAUUAGUAGAACAAUUUAAUGAUAGAGAAGAUUAGCCAGUCAGCCUUGUCGUCAGUGUCAGCCCAGCCAAGAAUCGGACGGCCGUUCGGAAUUGUGUUGAGCUUAAGCUAUUGCUAUCCAUGAUUGACGAGCAAAGUUGAAAGGGAAAACAAGUGAAAUUAGUGGCGUGAAACGUUUCAGAUUAUUUGGAAAUAUUCAAAAAAAGAACAAAAAAAACACACACACACAAUAGACCUUGAUUUAACUGUGUUUUCAAAUGUAAAAUUUUACCAACGAUGGUGCUCUACGCACCAAGUUUCCGUUUCUUAGUUUUUCGUUCCCAAAAGUAAUGUUUUAUGAAGGCAAAAUUGUGAAACUUAUAGUCAUCUACCAUUGCAGUUCAUUCCUUUUCUAGUAAUCUCUCAAUAAUCAAUGCUCGCGCUUAAAAAGAUGGCAAAAGUUAAGCCCUAACAACAGCCCGAACUUGCCAAAGGCGAAAUGCAAAAGAAGAGUGUUUACGGUUAAUUAUUGUUUGCUGUUUUUUUGUUUUUGUAAGCGGCAUAAGUUUUGUACGGAAGAAAUCUCGAUUUACUUAAAAUGUUGCGACUUUAGUUAACGAUGGAAGGCAGAAAUGAAUGGACACACGGCACCGACUUCAAAGAAAACAAAAAAAGGAACGUGUUUGUAUUGUAGCUCGUAGAUAAGUGGAUUCAAGUAUCUUAUUGCUUUUAAGACGAUUUUAAUAUUGACCAUAAUUUGUGAACCGUGCGAAACCACCCUUCCGCUGUUUUCGAGUCGCAAUAGUUUCCGUAGUUCAGGUUUCCUCCAAGGACACCGUGUGUAAAUCGCACCCUUGCUCUCAUCAUUUAUUACAACCAUAUUAACUGGUACAAUGCAUACUGCACCUGGACAGGCUACGUUAGGGAAGACAACACGAAAGUACACAUAAACGAGACUAUUUAGUUACCGUGAUUUAGAUCGCUCGGUCACCGUCAGCGGUGGGAACUAAAGUCAAUCACUUAUGGUCGAUGGUGUGGCGACUUUGCGGCAUUCUGUAAUCUCGUCUAGAACGAACAGGAAAGUUGACCAGUAAUUCAAAUGGGAAGGAAGAAAUUUAUGUAUUUAUUUAUAGUUUUGUGUGCGAUAGAAAACCGAAAAUGGACUUGGUCGUUUAAAUCAGCAACAGCGAAAACAAAACAA